CGUGUACACCGAUGAGACGAGAAAGGGAGCGAACGGCGGCGUUAAAUUAAUGGAAACAAUUGUGGUAAGGAGGCGAUAGAAACAAAGAAGACAGACACAAAAUCAUUGAUUUCUUCUUCUUCUUCGUCUAACCGCACAAAUCCUCUUUCCAUAAAUUUGAAUUUGGCUCAGCGAAAUCGAUUAAUCGCAAUGGAUUACGCCUCCGCGCUGAGGUUCUCGUCGUCCUCAACCGUCUUCCCCAAAUUCACUUCCGCACACAACUUCACUGGAAACAACACGACCUCACUCUUCUUUCCUCCCAAACCCUUUUCCACGAAUCAGUCUAAUGAUAUCGCUUCACAGAGAUCUCCUUCUCAGCUGCGUGCAGUUUCAAACGAAGUAGGAGACAUGAAUAAACGAAGAAGCAGUCUUGAAUCUCUUUUUUGCUAUGACAAGCCCGUACCUGAAGAAAUAAUAGAGAAACCUAUUGGAUUGUCUAUGACUGCGAAGAAUAUUGGAAAUAGCCCCCCUUGUACUGGUUGUGAAGCAAAAGGUGCUGUGUUGUGCAAGACAUGCUCUGGUUCAGGCCUAUAUGUUGACUCUAUUAUGGAAUCUCAAGGGAUUAUUGUCAAAGUUCGAUGCUUAGGUUGCGGGGGAACUGGGAACAUAAUGUGCUCAGACUGUGGCGGCCGAGGUCAUCAAUGAUUCCCUGAUAUCUACCCAUGUAUUUAAAGUAUCUCUCGAGUCUCAACACGGCUUGAAUGCAUCAAAUUCAGAUUUUUGUGUCAUGAGUUCAUGAGACAAUUGAACAUGGUAUGAAUACAAUUUUUUGUUGUUGUAAUCAAUGUUUGAAACAUUUUCUUUUAGCGGUAGCUGCCUGCUUACACGAUUAAACUGGACUUUCUAUUUGAAGUUUGAAUACACUCUUUAUUACUCAACUAAAA